GUGAACGCAGCAUCAAACAUGUACUGUGACGCACACAACGUAAUUUCUUGAUAACCAAAAUGGAGGACUACUCAUCCAAGCAAUCAGUUGAAAAUCUUGACAAUCCUCCUAACAGUCGCUUGUUUCUCGUAACAAGUCGAUCAGUUUCAGAUGAUGUUAUUCGAGAGAAAUUUUCUGUAUUUGGAGAGGUCCAAGGUGUAUGGGUCGUUAAGGACAAACAGACGAAAGAAUCGAAGGGGAUCUCCUAUGUUAAAUUCGCGAAGUCUUCGGAAGCAUGCACCGCCAUGGAGGACAUGCAUGGAAAAUGCCUGUUAGAUGGAACGAAGCCCAUUAAGGUGUUCAUUGCCCAGUCAAGGUCCUCUGGUAGACACAGAGAUGUGGAGGAUGAAGAGCUCACCAGAAUAUUUGUAAAGAUUCCCAAAACAUUCACAGAAGAAGAUCUGAAAGACACGUUCAAGGAGUAUGGGGACAUAGAAUACUGUGUGAUCAUAAAGAAUAAAACCACGGGGGAGAGCAAAGGCUUGGGAUAUGUGAGGUAUCAUAAGCCAUCACAAGCAGCCAUUGCCAUUGAGAACUGUGAUAGAGCCUACAGGGCUGUUCUUGCUGAGCCCCGAAGCAAGAACUCAUCUGCAGAUAAUGACUAUCACAGCAGUGGCAGAGCAGAGCACAUGUCAAGUGACCUGGGAAUGAACCCCUAUUCCUUUGGAGUGUCUGACACUGGCAGUUAUGCCGUAACUGACUACCGAUCCAGUGACCUCAUCACCAGGUGCCUAAUGGUUUCCUCGAGAGCUAGUGUUACCCAGGAGCAGAUUUAUGGCCUCUUUGACCUCAUACCAGGGAUGGAUUACUGUGAGAUGCAGCGGGAUCAUUGUGGGCUCAACAAAGGACAUGCUGUGAUUCGCUACAACAACCUGGGCUCUGCCGUCUACGCUAAAGAGAAGCUGAAUGGCUUUGAGUAUCCCCCUGGAAACCGCCUCAUCGUGGCCCACAUAGAGGAUGGAGAAGACAGGACCAGUCCUGUCGGGAAGAUGGCAAUGCAGCUGGUUGCUGCUCAGAUGAUGUCAAUGGUGUGGAAUGGUCCUACCACCAGCCAGCAACUGAUGAAGAUGAGCACAGGUUACCGCACAGCCUCUCCGAUGCCCCGUGUCCAGACAGAUGUAUCACUUCCCCCUCUGAAGAACCUGGCACCCCCAGAUAGCCGGGUUAAGGAGCGUCUCUUUGUGGUCUUCAGCCCUGCACCUCUUCCCAUGGACGUCCUGGAAGAUGUCUUCUGUCGAUUUGGUUCCCUUGUGGAGGUGCACCUCGUGCCUGGGAGGAACGUAGGCUACAUGAAGUAUGCAGAGAAAGAGAGUGCGGGCGACGCUAUGGCUGCCUUGCAUGGUAAAAUGGUGAACGGAGUGAGGAUGAAGGUGAUGCUGGCUGACCCGCCCAGGGAACCAAGGGAGGAGUCCCACAAGCGCCCGCGGACAUACUAGCCAAUUCCUAGGUAAAAGAGCCUAUUAAGGUGGGAUGGAGUUUUGGCCUUCCUGGUGACGUCAUCCAAACCUCUCUACCAAUAACAUCUAUUUUUCUGUUUCCCACUCCCUAUUCAGACCAUUCACACACAGUCCUAGAAUAAAAAUGAUUGUUGCUUGUGAAAACGCUCUUUGCUAAGAAGCUAUUUUUGUUUUUCAAUCAAAAUGGUAAAAAAUAAUCACAUUUAAGGUGCUUAAUUGUUACCCAGAAAUUAUUUAAUAUUGAGAGAUAAAAUGGCUGCAUUGGACCUUUUUCUUUUAAAGGAUUAGUUCACUGUUUUACUACCAACUCAACAUUUUUCAUGUAAAUUCGUGCAACGAUUGUGCAUUUUUCGCGAAUGCAUUUUUGUUAAAUCAACCUCCGUUUGGCGAAGUAGGCUGUGAUUCGAUGAUAAAUUAACAGGCACCGCAUUGAUUAUAUGCAACACAGGACAAGCUAGUUAACCUAGUAAUAUCAUCAACCAUGAUGUUAACUAGUGAUUAUGUGAAGAUUGAUUGUUUCUUUAUAAGAUAAGUUUAAUGCUAGCUAGCAACUUACAUUGGCUCCUUGCUGCACUCGCGUAACAGGUGGUCAGCCUGCCACACAGUUUCCUCGUGGAAUGCAAGGUAAUCGGAGUCCAAAAAUUCUGGUUACCGAUUGUUAUGAAACUUGAAAUCGGCCCUAAUUAAUCGGUCGACCUCUAGUACACAUGAAAUUGUGUCAUUACGAACAUUUUACGCAAUGUUAUAUUCCAUUUUGUGCUACUCGAGCGGUUUCCCCUACGAGCUGUGCUGCUUCUCUGUGUAGCCUGCGUAGCAUAGCUUGUCGAAGAAACCGCUCUAUUCCUUGCAAAAUCAAACGCCACUGGCGGUUCUAGUAUUAACUUCACAAACUGGUUAUGUUUACACUGUGGUCUCAUAGCACCAUCAACUAAUAUGGCACAUAUGACACGCAAGCAUUUCGCUAUACCUGCAAUAACAUCUGCAUGUGACCAAUAAAACGUUACCUGAAAAUUUGUAACAAAAAUGGUACAAUAAGCGUAAUUACACACUUCCAAAAGGUAGUAUUUUCUCACGGAGCGUUUGGCGUGGCCUGACUACCCAAAAGUUGACUCCCUCAGUCCAGAUCAGAUUGAUGGCGGCUGGUAGUCACAGUUUGAAUUGAGUGACAAUGCCAGGGAAGGCUUUAGAAGCCACAUGUCUCACUGUACCCUGAAUGUUUUUGUUUCUGCAGAGGUGACCACGGACAUGACAACGGACAUGACUGGACAUGACAACGGACAUGACUGGACAUACUGAGACGAUGACACGACCAACUACUACAGACAUUGAUUUCUGUACCUUUUCGUGACAUUGCCACUAGCAUCAAACUUGUAAGACGUUUCUUUUCAUAAUGUGAGGUAUGAUAUCAGUUAGGAUUUACAGUAGUGUAGUCACAGUUAAUACUACUUACGAUAUAUACUCAAGCUUGUUCACCAUGUAUGUACCCUGAAUUGCUCAAUAAACAAAAUGAUAAGUUUG